AUGAAUUCAAAAAAUGUGCAUAGUCCCAUGUUCCUGGUGUUUCCUCCAGAGGUCACCACUCAAGAAUACCAAACAACAGAACUUACAGCCACAGCCUACAAUUCCCAAAACCGAGUGCAGAAAAUCAUUAUUAGAAAAUUGAAGAUCUUAGGGACCACCCAGAUCCUGUUUGGAAUCAUGAACUUUUCAUUUGGAGUCAUUUUCCUUUUCACCUUGGUAAACCCAUACCCAAGGUUUCCUUUUAUAUUUAUCUCAGGAUAUCCUUUCUGGGGCUCUGCUUUGUUCAUUAACUCUGGGGCCUUCCUGAUUGCUCUGAAAAGAAAAACUACAGACACUCUGAUAAAAAUGAGCCAGGCGAUGAAUUUACUUAGUGCCCUGGGAGCAGCAGCUGGAAUCAUUCUCCUCAUAUUUGGCUUCCUCCUAGAUGGAGAAUUCAUCUGUGGCUAUUCUCCAGAUGGUAUGCAGUGUGGUGCUAUUACCAUUCUAUUCGUUGGGAUUUUGGCUAUGUUGAUGAUCUUCAGCAUUGCUGAACUCUUCAUUUCCCUCUUUUCCUCAGUUUUGGGAUGCCACUCAGAAGGAUAUGGGGGAUGCUGUUGA